AUGCUAACCUAUUCUUUCUGUUUACCUUGCCAACCAAUGCUAAAUUCUAUUCUCUCUGUUUGCCGAACAAAGCUUCCUGUUCAUCUGCCAAAUUCUAUACACAAACCAGGCUAUAGAACCAAUUCUUUCUGCUGCCAACAAGACUGUAGAUCUAUUCUCUCUGUUGCCAAACAAAGCUGUAAAUUCUAUUCUUUCUGUUGCCAACAAGGCUAUAAGAACCUAUUCUUUCUGCUGCCAACCAAUGCUAUAAAAAUCUGUUUCUCUCUGUUGCCAAACAAAGCUAUAAAUUUUAUUCCUUCUGCUGCCAACCAGGGCUAUAGAACCUAUUCUUUCUGUUGCCAACCAAAGGCUAUAAAUUCUAUUCUCUCUGUUGUAAACAAAGCCUUUCUGCUGCCAAAUUCUAUUCUUUCUUUUCUGUUGCCAACCAAGGGCUAUAGAACCUUUCUUUCUGCUGCCAACCAAGGCUAUAGAAUCUAUUCUCUGCUGCGAAUCUAUUCUCUCUGUUGCCAAACAAAAGCUAAAAUUCUAUUCUUUCUGUUAUUCUUUCUGCUGACAACCAAGGCUAUAUUCUCUCUGUUCACCUAUAAAUUCUUUCUUUUUCUUUUAAGGCUAUCCAAGGCUAUAGAAUCUAUUCUCUCUCUGUUUGCCAAACAAAGCUAUAAAUUCUAUUCUUUCUGUUGCUUGACAGGCUGUAGAACCCUUCUUUCUGCUGCCAACCAAGGCUAUAGAAUCUAUUCUCUCUGUUGCCAAACAAAAGCUAUAAAUUCUAUUCUUUUCUGUUUGCCAAACAAGGCUAUAGAACCUAUUCUUUCUGCUGCCAGCAAUGCUAUAGAUCUAUUCUCUCUGUUGCUUAAACAAAGCUAUAAAUUCUAUUCUUUCUGUUUGCCAACCAAGGCUAUAGGGCCUAUUCUUUCUGCUGCCAAACAAAGCUAUAGAAUCUAUUCUCUCUGCUAUAGAAUCUAUUCUCUCUGUUGCCAAAACAAAGCUAUAAAUUCUAUUCUUUCUGUUGCCAAACAAAGCUAUAGAACCUUCUUACUCCAAGGCUAUAAACCUGUUCUCUCUGCAAAACAAAGCUAUAGAAUCUAUUCUCUGCUGCCAAACAAAGCUAUAGAAUCUAUUCUCUCUGUUUGCCAAACAAGCUAUAAAUUCUAUUCUUUCUUAUUGCCAAUCAAGGCUAUAGAAUCUAUUCUUUCUGCUGCCAAACAAUGCUAUAGAAUCUAUUCUCUCUGUUGCCCAAGCAAAGCUAUAAAUUCUAUUCUUUCUGUUGCCAACAAGGCUAUAGAAUCUAUUCUCUCUGUUGCCAAACAAAGCUAUAAAUUCUAUUCUUUCUGUUGCCAACCAGGCUAUAGAACCUAUUCUUUUCUGCUGCCAACCAAUGCUAUAGAAUCUAUUCUCUCUGUUGCCAAAACAAAGCUAUAA